AUGCUUGCAGACGCUGCGGGCUUACAUCAGCAACUUAGCCAAACACCCACAGGAACCAAAGUACCAGUCCAUCAAUUGCGAGAACAACAACUUCCGCAGCAAGGUUGCAUCUGUGGAAGGGGCCAUUGCAGUCUUAGAGGCCUGUGGAUUUGUUGCAGAUGGGACGAAGCUGUUGGUCAGACUGAGCAGAUUUGCACCCUGCUUUUUUCGGAAGCUUUUUUCAACGCUUCAGAGUUGGAUGAAGCUUCAGAUGAGGUUCGUAAAAAGCAUCAGACUGGGCGACCUGAGGUCGAUGCGGAAUUUCUGAAGACGAAGGGGCGGAAGCUUUGGGACGCACUGAGUAAGGUGGACUUGAUCCUGGAGCAAGUGAAGCAAAGUGCAUAA